GACAGCUUGCUGUCUACUCUGUAACAAGCCUCUGCUCCCUUGAGAAACAUCAAAUGUCUUGUCACUGGAAAUAUGCAAGCAGAGAGCUUCAUCUUCACGGGACCUCCUAGGUCCCUUCCAAGUCCAUGCAUCUUGUUUGCUGCAAGAAAAAUGUACUAAAUACCUGAAAAUACUAAAAUUGUUUGCUGGCUCAUGAAAUAAGACAUGAACAGAAGUAGGAAGAGCCUGUAGGACCACCCAGUAGAGUUCAUGCAAAAUCCUUAGUCCCCAAUCUCCAUGUUAACAAAAUGAAGCUUUUGUAUUCACAAUUGUACACCUGUGAAGACCUUACAUGGGAGAAAAACAUUACUCCCAUUAAUAUUGCAAGUAGUGUUUGGUUUCAAUUAGGACUUGCUAAUUUUAUUUUUGCUUGGACAGGAAAGUUACUCUGGCCAAUUUAGUAGCUCUGUCUUCCGAUAUAGGAUGGGUGAUGUGGGAAGGGGCUUAGGAAUAUUCAGCGAUGCUCGUGAGCUAGAGAUCCUAGGAUUGGGCUGACACUUUUCACAGAAACUUAACUGGAGGAAGUGGUUCUGGAGCUCGAGAUAGAGGUACUGGUGCUCUGGGAGCGCUGCUGUAAGGACUCAAGUGCUUAGGGGAUUCAAGAGGCAAGUAACUGAGAAAGAUGGCCUCAUAGUGCUUAUCUAGAGUGGGCCCACAGGCCUCACUCAGUCCAAGGGCUUUGAGCUUCUUUGGGGACCCACAUUGAUGGGGCAAGAAAUUCUUGGUUGGCCCUACUUUGAAUAAACAAAGUUUGAGUCUUGUCUUGAUAUCUGUGUCUUAACCCAUCUCCAACUCCCACAGGGACUCCGUUUCACUCAGUUGUAUUCAGGGGCAAGUGUCUCCCAAGUGCAGUCACUGUGCCCAGCUCCCCAGAGGGAACAGUAAAAGAUGUUGGAGGAAGGUCAGAGAAUAUGCUGGGGGUUUGGUCUCCCGGCCUCCAAAGUGAGAACAAGUAGCUGGUAUAAUAGAGCAGAGAGCGUAGAAAUCAUAGUUAGCAUUUGUUGAUCACCCUAUGUCAGGUAUUACAUAAUCCCACCUCAGCCCUGGGAAGGGAUUACUAUGAUUUUCACCAUCCCCAUUCUAUAGAAACAAGGUUCAGAGAUAAAGUCAUAAGUCGGUGGUAGCUAGUAAGAGGCAGAGCUCAGGCCACCAAUCUGGGCUCCCUUGUUUACUGAACUACCCCUUUAGGUUGUUAGGUUACAGUGCUGCUUGCGGAGAACAAAACCUGGAUCUGGUUCUGGCUACUUGUGGCCAAGAAAGCAGCCCUUGCCUCAAUUUCCCCAAAUUGAUCUUUGCACAGGAUUUUCUUUCUCCGGCAGGAAUCCCUUCUCCAGCAUUCUUGCUCCCUUUCCAGCUUCCCAAGGGCCAGGAAGCCCUCCCCCACCCCAUCCUCAGCCACCUCACUUCCCAGCACAGAAGGUCUUCUGGGCCACUGGCUGAGAGUCAAGCUGAGAAGCAACUGCUUGGAAAGCAGGGCAGGAGGGGCCCAGAGCCCUCCCUCCACUCCCCCUUAUCCCCAACCCCACUCCCGGCAGCUGGGGCUUCAUGCUGCCUGGGGUCUGGGACAGCUCAGGGGGGCUGUAAAUUUGCUUCUCCUUGGAUUUUCAAUCUGAAUUGGCUGCCAGGAAGAUUUCAUGGAACAGAGCCUGUCUCCACCCCCGCCAUCCUCUGGUCACAACGGUCCCUCUCCAGAUCCUGCCUCAGUGGCUGUCUUUACAGGAAGUGGAGGGAGGCCUCUCAAGCUCCCAAGAUCCCAGAGCUAGGUUGUCCAGGCACGGCUCUGGCAAGCACUCUGAGGAUGAAUGGCUUACUUCCCCUCUCUGUGUCCAUCUCUGGCUGAGGUGUCUGAAGUGGAGGGACCACAUAAUGCAAGCCACAUAUAAGCGAUAGCCUUAAACAGGAAACAUGUUCAGUGCCUCAUGAGUACCAACGUGAACAAGGCCUGUCAGACACUGUCCUUCGCUCUCUGCUCUGAUGAACAGGGCACCUGUGCUGCAUGACUCCAGAGAGUACCAUUCCCAUCAGAGUCUAUGGAUGGCACCCCCUGCAGUUGUGCAGUGCUCAACCUUGACAGUUGUACAUGGUGGCCCUGCCAGUGAGAGACCUGAGACAUAUACGGAUGGCAGCACAGAGGAAGGAGACAACUUCCUGCUGGGGGACAGGGAAGGUUUCAUAGAGGAGGUAAUGCUUGGGUCUGGUCUUUGAAGAACAGGGGCGAGAGUGUGGGCAGGUGAUCAGGUGGAAGGCAUAGGUUGAGCAAAGGGCAGGAAGCUGAAAAUCAUCUAACUGUGUUGUGUGAUGAACAAAGUGGGAGAACAGGCUGGAGGGUAGUUGGAUGGCAGAACACAGAGGGUCUUAGUUCGGAGGCAACCAAGAGCCAUUGCAGAUUCCUGCUCGGGAGUGACUCAAAUGAGGCUAUUCCAUAAGAAAGGUAGUCUAAUGGCAGGGUUGGGGAUUAACUGGAGGGUCAGUGAGGAGCCUGCAGUGGUCCUGGGACUGAGUCAGCACCAUGCCAGAGGAAUAGAAGCAGGAAGAUGGAGGGGGCGUUGGGCAGGAGAUGGUGAAUUGGUGAAUGUUGGAGGGAGAGCCCCAGGUAGCUUCCUGUUUUCUUCCUUAUCCUCAGGGUCCCCUGAUGAGGACAGAUAGGUGGACCCUGCUGGGCAGUACCCAAGAACACCUGGGUUGAAGUUGUCCUUUGAACCAGCCUCUGCCCUCCUAGCAGGAUUCCACAGUUUAGGGAAAGCUGCGAUCAUAGCUUUCUCUUUGGAAGCCAGAGGAUGAGCCAGCACCACCCCUGUCCAGAAGGCCCAGCACCUGUGCUCAUGACCCAUCUUCCUUCCUUUCCUGAAGGAUGUCCUGCCUCGCUGCUCCUGCUGUCCUUGCUGCUGCUUCCCCUGGGCCUCCCAGUCUUGGGCGCCCCCCCACGCCUCAUCUGUGACAGCCGCGUCCUGGAGCGGUACAUCCUGGAGGCCCGGGAGGCUGAGAAUGUCACGAUGGGCUGUGCUGAAGGCUGCAGCUUCAGUGAGAAUAUCACCGUCCCAGACACCAAGGUUAACUUCUAUGCCUGGAAGAGGAUGGAGGUUGAGCAGCAGGCCUUGGAAGUCUGGCAGGGCCUGGCUCUGCUCUCAGAAGCCAUCCUGCGAGGCCAGGCCCUGUUGGCCAACUCCUCCCAGACAUCUGAGACCCUGCAGCUACAUGUGGACAAAGCCAUCAGCGGCCUGCGCAGCCUCACCUCCCUGCUUCGGGCACUGGGAAGCCAGAAGGAAGCCAUCUCCCUUCCAGAUGCAACGGCCUCCGCUAUUCCACUCCGAACAUUCACUGUUGAUACUUUGUGCAAAUUUUUCCGAAUCUACUCCAAUUUCCUGCGGGGAAAGCUGAAGCUGUACACCGGGGAGGCCUGCAGGAGAGGGGACAGGUGAUCAGAUGCUCCCACCCUGGGCACAUCCACCACCUUGCUCACCACUACUGCCCAUGCCACGUCUCCCACACCACCACUCCCGACCCCCUUCGAGGGGCUGUCAGCUCAGCACCAGCCCGUCCCAAGGACACUCCAGGACCAGCGGUGACAUCUUAGGGGCCAGAGGAACUGUCCAGAGUUCAACUCAGAUCUAAGUAUGUCAUGGCGCCAGUCUGAGGCCCUGAAGCAGGAAAAAUUCUGAGGAGAUCAGCUUAAACUUGGGACGGUGCCAUGCUGGAGAGACACCAAACUCAUCUCCAUGCCCUGCAGAACUGUGAUGCCAGGACCAGCUGGAGGGCAAAUGCCUCUUUUGCACCUACCAAGCAGGGAUAGGCUGGACUGGAGAAUUUCGGUGGCAAGUCAUGAAUUCUCUCGGUCUCCAUGGGGGACUCCAUGACAGCAAGAUCCCCCUGGAUAAUGAAGGUGGUGGGAGCCAUGAGGAUGGGAUGGGGGCUGGCCCCUGGCUUUGUAUGUUUUUGUGUGUUUUUCAAUCUCACUGGCAAGAAACGAAACCAUAACAUGGC